AGAUUCAGACUAUCUACUUCAACUGUCUUCCUAGGUAUGUUCCCACCUCAUUCGAUCUUGGACGCCAAGCCUCCAUGCCGCAUCACCAGCCACACUGUCCUGCAGUAUAUCAACGAAGCAACACCUUCCCCGCGCCCAAGUUUCAAGCAAACCGCUACGGGUUGUUUCAACCAACGCUCUGUGCAAACCUACACUCCUUUAUAGAUUGUUCAGCAUGCAAUUUGUACUGCCUCCUAUUCGACGCCUAAAUUGCACAACCCAAUAUGGAUGAAGAUCUCCAGCUUCUAGAGCAAGAGUAUUGUCCAGUAAUAGACCCAACUGUCGUUUACGCCAUUUACUCUGAUUUUGCGGGUACCGAUGAUGCGCUCCAAUCAGCGAGAGAGCUACUAGACGGGCUCAAACAGGCGGCGUUGGUGCAGCAGCAAACGGACUUUGAUCCUUCUGGAAGUAGUGGGGAUGGCGGCGCAAUAAUAGCGAAUUCGAGUAGCAGGACGGGAUCGAAUGAUACGGAGGAUUGGACAUCAACGGCUGAGGAGGGGGUUUCGCAGACGACAGACGAGUCGAGGGAAGGAGGGGUCUACUUUCGACAGACGGAGAGUUAUGAUGCUGCGGAUAAGGAGGCGCUGCUGGCGGAGACGUUUCCGGGCGUGCGACGCGACCUCGUGAAGCAUAUCCUGAGAAAGUGUGGUGAGGACCUGAGUCGCGCGACGGAUGAGCUGCUUAACCAUGUCUUUCUGGCUGAGGCGGAGACGGUGUCGGCCGAAGAGUUGGUGGUGCCCAAGGGAAUCGAUGCCUUUUUCGAAGAGCACCAUGUGCCUACGCGCAGCAGGAAGGGGAGGAAGAAGAAGAACAGGAGGGAUAACGGCAAGAUUCACACCGCGAGCGCAUCGGAGUCGGAUGUCCCUUCCUCCCCAACGAACAACCCGUGGUCAAAUGGAAACAGCCAGAUUGAGCUCAUCGCAUCUUGCACGAACAUGUCAACGGCAGCGAUAUCGUCCCUCUAUCACCGAAACGGCGCAUCAAUACCAGCUACUAUAGGCGCCCUCAUCGACGAGAAUCUCGCCUCCAACAGGAGCACCGAGCAGCCCGAACCAGGACUCAUCCAAGACGCCAUCGCCCUCGUCGAAACCUUCCCCAGCAUAGAGUUGGAGCACGCAGUCGCUCUCCUCCGGCUUACCUCUCCCUCCACCCCCAACGCCCACGAACUCGCCAAAGCGCUGCUUACCCCUUCCUCCUCGAAGUCCUCCACCUACAUCAACAGGACGAUCAUCCCACACUACGCGCCCCUCCGCCUUACAGAUACAAUCCCUACUACCUCGCUGUCUAAGGAAAACCUCCCCCCACUCGCGCCCUCCCUAAGCCCAUACACCACCUCCUCCCUCUCCAUCGCCCGCUCGGCCGCCUUCACGCAAGCCUCGUCUCUCCACCGCAAGGGCAAAUCCUCCCCGCUGAUGAAGAGCGCAGCAGCGUACUACGCCCAACUAGGCCGCGACCUCUCGCUGCACCUGCGCGCCGCCUCGGCGGCCGACGCCGACGCCCUGGUCGCCAGCCAGUGGGUGCCCGGGCAGAUGCUCGAUCUGCACGGCGUGAGCGUCGCGGAUGCGGUGCGGAUCGCGGAGACGAAGGCGGCGGAGUGGUGGGAGGGGUUGGGCGAGGAGAGGGUGCCGGGCGGUGGGAGGAGGGGCGUUGGAGACGGGUACCGCAUCGUGGUGGGGUUGGGGAGGCAUAGUGAGGGGGGGAGGGGGAAGUUGGGGCCUGCGGUUGUGAGGGCGUUGGUUAAAAGGGGUUGGAAGGUUGAGGUGGGGACGGGGGAGGUGCGUGUUAUUGGGAGGGGGAGGAGGUGAUUGUUGGAAGGAAUGGGAUGUGGCAUGAUAGGAGGUGGGAUUUGCACUGCUGAACUGGAACUUCGUGUAUCUAUCGCUCAUUUUGUACGUU